UCUUGUCUUGUCGACCAUCCCAUCCAUCACACACACACGAGCAGUGAGCAAGGAAGAACGAACCAACCAACCAAACGAAAGAUCGUCUGUCUCUUCUUGGCUGGCCCUUAGGAGUUAGGAGUGAGUGAGUCGAUGAGCAGUGAGUGCCCAGCACACCCACCCAUCCACCCACUCACGCAAUGCGCACACACACACACGCACAUCCCAUCCCAUACGCACACAGCGAGCCGGCAAGGCACAUUGUGUAUGAGUAUCACGUCCAUCCAUCCAUCCAUCUGUCGCCUCAUGUAUGUCAUGCCAGCACACGAGUGGUCAUAUUCAUCAUACGCGUCCCCGCGUCCCCCCUCCCCCCGGUCCGCACCCCCGACACCCAGUAGCGAAAUCCCCGGCCGUGAUAGCACUCCAGCAGCGCACCUUUCAGCCUCUCAUACAACGCAUCCUCCAGACGCCCCUCGUCAACCGCACCAUAAGCAUCACGGGAUAUGGGGACCAGUACCACAUGUGUGUCUGUGUCUCCCUUGCUGCCGCACACAACGUCCACAGCCACAAGGGUCUGAGUUAUCUCCCCCCCUCUGCUGCUGGUGGUGGUGGUGGUGAUGGUGGUGGUGUUGCUCUGCUGCUGCUGCUGCUGGCCAUGGUAGUCAUCAGCAGCAGCGGUGAGGACGUUGCUCUCAGGGACGAAUGUGGCAUCUCUCCCACACCUCACCAGCGCCCUGUGCCGCGUCUUGUCGAAACACAGGUUGCGGUAGCUAAAUGAUGAAGUACUCGAAGCUUCGAGCCACUCGUUGUAGUGAGCGUCGGUCCACUGCUGUAUCCUCUCCCGAAUGAGCUCGCGUGCAUGCCGCACACCCGCAGAAUCGGCCGGGUGAGAGGCACCGAAGUCCAGGCAGUGAGAACCGCCCUACAUCCAUCCAUUUGACAACAAACACGGUGGACGACACACCCCAGACAGACACACACGAUGCUGGCUGGCUGCCGGCAUGAGUGUCUCGGUUGCUCUGCUUACGGGGAUCUCGUAGGCAUCCACAUCCGGCAGCGGGUGCUGUCCCAGGUCGGUGCUCUCGACACUGAGUAUCUGCCAUGGGUCCGUCUGCCCAUUGGUGAAGUGGAUGCGGCUGGGCGGCUGGGCAGACCCCAAACGACCCGUCAGCUGCUUCCCGUCCCACAGGGCAUUCUCACGCGCCGCCAUCGAUGUCCACUUAGCGCCUGAAGAGAGAGAGAGGGAGGGAGAGAAGCCUCUCUCUCUAUGUGCUGUGUGUGUCGUGUCUCUAUCGUGGCUCUGCUGAGCGACUGAGAGUCCGACUGACCAUAUGGUAAGGGGAAGGUGUGAUCGCAGGCGCGAUGGGCGAAUGACACGUCGAUGAGUUCUGAUCGCAUCGAAUGGGGGAACCCCACCUAAAGGCAAUUAACACACACACAAAGGACGUAAGGGAAGAUGUGUCUGUCUCAGCCAGCCUGGAUGGACGCGUGUUUGUGUCCUUCCUUACCUGCCAGUACUCAUAUUCGCUGCAAGAUUGCCACAUCCACAGCCGCUGGGAAGCCGACUCGUCGAGCUUCGUGUCCUCGUGGUGCAAAAUGUCGUGGAAGUCGCAGUCCUGCCCCGUGGCCUUCGUCAGGUACACCGACAGCCAGCCAAAAUCACGCAGCAGACGCUCCUCAGCCAUCUCGCUGUCAGUGUCGGUGUCAUUCGACAGCUCAGAGGCCUCCGGUGACCCAAGUGUGUGUGGCACCAAGCGAAGCGGAUAAGGCGAGAACGGCGCUGUGGGGGGGAAGGGGAGCUUCGGCUCGCCAGCUAUGAUCCCCAUUCGCAUCGGCUCUGACAGUGUCUCGACGAACGACGGCGCCUCCCGGGCCUCGUCGGCGUGUUGCGUCGCAGUGUCUUUGGGGAACCGUGGCCUCACUUUGUGUGGCGGGGGGCUGGCGGGCUUCGAGAUAGCGAUUCUCUCGCCCUUGAAUAUGCGGCACAUGUUGUCGAUGUAGGGCCGCACCUUCGAGGUGUGGUACUGCACUGCCGUCGACACUUUGUCAGCCGCUAUGAACAGGAAGUCCACCACAUCGUCAUAUGUCUCCGCCGGGAGGCCCGUGCACCCGAAGAGAUCGAAGAUCCGUCGGGCUUCCCUUGAAGCUCUGCUGUGCUUAUAGACGUCCCCGCCAUACCUCCGCCGCAUUGCUGGCGUGACGGGUGGCUGCAGCAGCCGUCUUUCCAGGAUCUUGGUGGCCUUGCGGAUGGUCUUGGCGCAGUCUCGUGGUAUGGAGUCCUCGACGACGGCGUCGUAUUCAGUGUACUUCUCCCGCGCCUCGAUGGGAGCCGAUGACGAGAUGGCUCCCGUGAUGGUCUCUGGGAAUUUCGCACGGGCGAAUGCGGCAAUAUUGCCUGCAUAUAUGAAAGGCAGACAGGCCAU